AUGGAGGUGACCUCGGUGGAGCUCGGUCACACGGCGGCCUCUAAGUGCUAUGACGACGACGGUCGCCUCAAGCGCACCGGGACGAUGUGGACGGCGAGCGCGCACAUUAUCACGGCCGUGAUAGGGUCCGGGGUGCUGUCGCUGGCGUGGGCCAUCGCGCAGCUCGGCUGGGUGGCCGGCCCCGCCGUCAUGCUGCUCUUCUCCUUCGUCACCUACUACACGUCGGCGCUGCUCGCCGACUGCUACCGCUCCGGCGACGCGUGCACCGGCAACCGCAACUACACCUACAUGGACGCGGUUAACGCCAAUCUCAGUGGCAUCAAGGUGCAGCUCUGCGGGUUCCUGCAGUACGCGAACAUCGUCGGAGUCGCCAUCGGCUACACCAUUGCCGCCUCCAUUAGCAUGCUGGCGAUCAAGAGGGCGAACUGCUUCCACGUGGAGGGGCACGGGGACCCGUGCAAUAUCUCCAGCACGCCGUACAAGCUCAACCUGUUCCGGCUGAUGUGGCCAACGGCGUUCGUGGUGGCCACGACCGUGGUGUCCAUAUUGCUGCCCUUCUUCAACGACGUGGUCGGGCUCCUGGGCGCGCUCGGCUUCUGGCCGCUCACCGUCUACUUCCCCGUGGAGAUGUACAUCGUGCAGAAGAAGGUGCCCAGGUGGAGCACGCGGUGGGUGUGCCUGCAGCUGCUCAGCCUCGCCUGCCUCAUCACCACCGUUGCCUCCGCCGCGGGCUCCGUCGCCGGAAUCAUCUCUGACCUCAAAGUGUACAAACCGUUCGUCACCACCUACUGA